AUUUUCGUAAUCAUAAUUAUAAAAAAAAAUCAUUAAUUUCACAUAGCGUGACGCGAAAUAACCGGAAUUACAGGUGUAUCACGUGACUGGCAUAUUUCGCCAGAAAUUUUGCCGGAUCUGAGUCAAGUGAAUUCUCCUCGUGUAAUCGCAAUUAUUUUAUCACUUAUCUGAACUAUUGAGGAGGAGGAAAACAGUUAUUAGUUUUGUGUUGUAGUGUCCAGUGAAAAUGUCCGAAUUUGAUUCAAGUUUGGCAAUUGUGGAAAAUGGCGCGCCGAAAACGAAAGGAAAACACACGAAAAUUGUCAACUUGAUGAUCAAACUUGCAGUUUUUGUAUUAAUUAACGCACACUUUAUUUGGGCCAGUUACUACUUUAUUAACAACACAAGUGACACGCUUGAUUCAACCACUUGCAGUGGCUAUGGCCUCUGGAUAAUUGUUUUUAUUUUUAUAUAUUUCUUAACUCUCUACUCUUUGCUCUUAAAACCGUACAUUCUUCCUCUCAUUGACACAAAAAAAUUGGCACCACUGUUCAAACCAAUCAACCGAAUUCCCCAUUGGCCGUUGGUGUCACGUGGUGUCGUCUUGGCGGCCAUCUUGGCCUUCAUAGUGUAUGACUGUCGUGACGAUUUCACCCGUUUGAUGCCUUUGACAGGUCUAGUGAUUUUUUUUAUCAUAGGUUUUCUAUUCUCACCAGCCAAGAAACAAAUACCAUGGCCGACUGUGAUUUCUGGACUUAUUGCCCAGUUUGUCUUAGGCCUCUUGAUGAUUCGAUGGGAAACUGGUCGUAAUAUUUUCAGUUGCGUUGGUGACAGAGUUGACACUUUCCUGCAUUACGCUGUCAAUGCGUCGGCAUUUGUCUACAGCGAAGAGUUGGUCUUGACCAAAGCCAUCUUUGCGUUUAACGCACUCGCCGCCAUUUAUUUAAUGAACUUCUGCAUUAAUAUUCUAUACUAUUAUGGAAUAAUGCAAAGUAUCGUCCUUGAGUUAGGAAAGAUUUUGCAAUUUGUGUUGGGAACACCGAUUUGCGAAAGUGUGAACAGUGCCGCCAACAUAUUUCUCGGAAUGAGCGAGUCGCCAUUUUUACUGAAGCCAUAUUUGGAUCACUUGACCGAUUCGGAAAUUCAUUCCAUUAUGACAUCCGGUUUUGCGUCAGUUUCCGGUACUGUUUUGGCGGCCUAUAUUUCAUUUGGGGCAAGUCCGGCCCAUUUGGUCACUUCGUGUGUCAUGUCAGCGCCUGCUGCGCUCUGUUACAGUAAACUAAUGUAUCCGGAAACGGAAGAAGUGACAGUCACACAAGAAAAUAUCAAAACUAUGAAAAUGAAAUUUGGUUCAGUGUUGGACGCUGCGACUAAAGGGGCCAACGAAGCGUCGCAAGUUGUCAUUGGCAUUAUUGCCAACUUAAUCUCAUUUAUAUCAUUUGUUUAUUUUAUUAAUGGUGUCCUGGGCUGGUUGGGGACACUAGUUGGUUUCAUAGCUGAGGACGAAAUAUGGUCACUAGAACUGAUUUUGGGGAAAAUCUUAAUUCCCCUAAGUUACACAAUGGGUGUGGAGUGGGCAGAUUGCGAAAAGGUGGCUCAAUUAAUUGGAAUGAAAACAAUACUCAACGAAUUCAUCGCAUUUCAAAAAAUGCAAACAAUGGACUUGAGUGACAAGAGUCGUAUCAUAGCAACGUACUCAAUUUGCGGUUUUGCCAACCCAGGUUCCAUAGGCACUAUGUUGUCAACACUGACGAUUUUCAUGCCACGGAAAAAACACAGUGUUACCAAACUAGUUUUUAGGGCUUUUAUCGGCGGCUCGUUCGCCUGUUUUAUGACAGCUUGUAUUGCGGGACUUUUGACAGUGUAGCCAACCGUACGAAUAAAAUCGCUAUUUUUCUA